CGCAGGUUCCGGUGGGGGACUCUGGGUUUAGCCAGCUAGCUUGGCCAGCCCGUUCUCACGGGCUCCCGCGUAUCUCAAGUUGCCCGGCUUCUGCGCUCCUAGGAUCAUGUGAGACAACGCUCUGGUGUGUGUUUGCAAGGUGGGACGGCCUGGAGAGCUGCGAGUGUGCAAAACUAACAGCGGGAGUGUGUCGUGGUGGCUGCUUUCCUGUGCUAAGCCGAUUUACUUGUUUAAGAUGUCAGUGUCGGGCAAGAAAGAGUUUGACGUGAAGCAGAUCCUGCGGCUCCGUUGGAGGUGGUUCAGUCACCCUUCGCCAGGCGCCCCCGGGCCCGGAGGCUGCCUGCAGCAGGAAGGAUAUGAGCACAGAGGGACCUCGGGCCAGAGCCGGCUGAAGAGCCACUCGCGGGACAGGGGCACCGGGCUGAAGAAAAGCAGCGCCAACAGUCCUGGCCACCAGAACAUCCUGGCCCCCGUGCCAGGACCAACCCCUGCCCAUCAGAGAGCCAUUCAAACGUGGCAUCAGCAGAACCUAAUCGAACAUUUCCGAGCCAAUGAGGACAUUCCGAAAGCAAGCCCGGAGGAGAAUCUGGUCAAAGAAGGGUCAGAGGCAAACAUCCCGGAUUUGCAGAUGAUCACCGAAGAAACCACAGAUGACUCUUCGGAAAGUUUGCCUGUGAAUAACUGUGCAGCCUUGGGAAUGAAUGCUGGUAGAUCUGAGGAGUACUUCCAAUCCACCAAUCAUGCAGAGCAGACCAUCCGCAAAAUGGAGAACUACCUCCAGCAGAAACAGCUCUGUGAUGUGCUCCUCAUUGCUGGACAUCACACAAUCCCAGCCCACAGGCUGGUUCUGAGUGCUGCAUCAGACUAUUUUGCUGCAAUGUUUACUAAUGACGUGCUGGAAGCCAAACAAGAGGAGAUCAAGAUGGAGGGAAUAGACCCAGAUGCGCUGAAAGCUUUGGUGCACUAUGCUUACACAGGUGUCUUAGAAUUAAAGGAAGACACCAUAGAAAAUCUACUGUCAGCAGCCUGUCUUCUCCAACUUUCUCAAGUCAUUGAAGUGUGCUGCAAUUUCCUCAUCAAGCAGCUCCAUCCCUCCAACUGCUUAGGGAUCCGCUCAUUUGGCGAUGCACAGGGAUGCAUGUAUCUCCUAAAGGUGGCACAUGACUACACCAUGGAACACUUCGUAGAGGUGACAAAAAACCAGGAAUUUCUCUUGCUUCCAGCUAAUGAAAUUGCAAAGCUCCUGUCUAGUGAUGACAUUAAUGUACCAGAUGAAGAAGCUAUAUUCCAUGCUUUAAUGAUAUGGGUGAAGCAUGAUUUUCAGAACAGACAGCAACACCUGGGAAUGCUCCUGUCAUUAAUUAGAUUGCCAUUACUUCCACCACAGUUACUGGCCGAUCUUGAGAAUAGUACCAUGUUCGUGCAUGACCUGGAGUGUCAGAAGCUCCUGAUGGAAGCUAUGAAGUAUCAUCUCUUACCAGAGAGAAGGUCCAUGAUGCAAAGUCCUCGGACCAAACCACGAAAAUCUACAGUGGGGGCCCUGUAUGCAGUGGGAGGCAUGGAUGCCACCAAAGGCACCACCACAAUUGAGAAAUACGACCUUCGUACAAACAGUUGGAUACAGGUUGGGACCAUGAAUGGUCGGCGGCUGCAGUUUGGAGUUGCGGUCAUUGACAACAAGCUCUAUAUUGUUGGUGGAAGAGAUGGUCUAAAAACUUCAAACACUGUGGAAUGUUUUAAUCCAGUAUCCAAAAUCUGGUCCAUCAUGCCUCCUAUGUCAACUCAUAGACACGGUUUGGGGGUAGCCAUGCUUGAAGGACCAAUGUAUGCUGUCGGCGGACAUGAUGGAUGGAGUUAUCUUAACACUGUAGAAAGAUGGGACCCUCAGGCACGGCAGUGGAAUUAUGUUGCUAGCAUGUCAACUCCUCGGAGCACCGUGGGUGUCGCAGCAUUGAACAGCAAAUUAUAUGCUGUUGGGGGACGAGAUGGAAGCUCUUGUUUAAAGUCUAUGGAGUGUUUUGACCCUCACACCAACAAAUGGAGUAUGUGUGCAUCAAUGUCAAAAAGGCGUGGCGGUGUUGGCGUUGCAACAUACAAUGGAUUGUUAUAUGCUGUUGGAGGCCAUGAUGCCCCUGCAUCCAACCAUUGUUCCAGGCUUUCUGAUUGUGUGGAAAGGUAUGACCCCAAAACAGACACAUGGACAACAGUAGCACCUUUAAGUAUCCCUCGUGAUGCCGUCGGGGUCUGUCCUCUUGGAGACCGCUUGUAUGCAGUGGGAGGAUAUGACGGGCAUUCCUAUUUGAACACGGUCGAGUCCUAUGAUGCACAAAAUAAUGAAUGGACAGAGGAAGUUCCUGUUAACAUUGGAAGAGCUGGCGCUUGCGUGGUGGUCGUGAAAUUGCCCUAAUGAGAUCCAGCUCAUGAACCAGUGUAGGAGGAGAAGGAGAAACCAAACCCAUUGGAAGUAGCAGCUGCACUUGUGUGGAGCUAGCUAAUAAAUAUCCAAAUCAUAUCAGACUCGGUAGAGGAUUCCAAACUAAAUUUAGAGUUUCUUUAUUUUCCAAGCAGGAAUUACACAUGACAGCCACCUAAAAGUGUUGUCACAGUUGAUUCAUAUAAAGUCCCAUCCGGUAAAUCAUGUUUCAGUCUUCUGAAUGAAAAUGCUCAUUGUUUAAUGAAACUUGGUAUUGGGGUCACAGGACCUGGGUUCAAAUCCUGAGUCUGCCACUUGCUACCAAGUGACCUUGGGCAAGUCACUUAAUCUGUCUGGGCCUCAGUUUCCUUAGUUGUAAAAUGAAGGAGAUUGGACUCCAUGAUCUCUAAAGUCCUUUCCAGGUCUGAAUCUGUGAUCGUAUGACUUGAUGGUCUCUAAGACCCUGCCCAUUUCUAUGUCCUUCAGUCACACCCAAAGGAGGCUUUAUUUAAUAUAUUUUCCAAACCUCCACAGUAUUAUUAGAAGCUUUCCAUUUCAAAAAACUUUCAGAAUUGGCAAAUGCUGUGGGAUUGUCCCUUGCCAAAAAAAAGUUUCUCUGAUUACCUAAAAUAUUAUGAUUGAACAUCAGAGUGAACAUCUGAAGCUCUAAAGUAAGAACUUUCAAAUCUGUCUAAAUUUCAAGCAAGGCAUUCUUCUCUUACUCCAAUGCUGCCUCAAAGAAAUGCUAAAAAUUAGUCAGUUGACCCAUAUUGCUGUUGUGCUGAUCACAGUUUGUUACCUUCUCCAUGAAAACAGACUUCUUCACUCACCAUCUGCCAGGACUUACUCACAAAUUGGACUUUCCUUAUAUUUUGUUACGGGUGAGAUCUGGCAACAAGAAGUGAUUAGGGGCCUUUCAUAAAACCAACUCAUACAUUAAAAAACCCUGUAUUUGUCACAUUGAUACAAACUGUGGCUUCAACUUCAAAGCACCACCUGCCACCACCAGAGAGUGGGUAAUAGGGUCCUCAGACAUGCCUGGGAACUCAGUGAUUAUCAACCAUUAGCUGAUUGUGUUUGCUAAAAGAUAAAAAUAAAAAGAUCAAAAUUCGAGAUGGAGCCAAGCUUCAUAGAAGGUUGGUGAUCUCUUGGAAACACCACAGUGUUCAACGUGCAUGAUUGUUCCUACACUUUUCUUUCAUAUGUCAGGAAGUUGUUUUCCAUUGCCGUUGUUGUUUUUGCUUAUUUCAGUCUUGUAAGGUUCCAAUAAGGAAUGUUUAGAAUGUACGUCUAAUCAAACAUAAAAGUGUAGUUGGGUAGUGACUAUUUUCGCUUUAAAAAUCUAACUUUCAUUUAGCGAUAAAAUUAUUCAGGAUAAACCAUUGAGAAAGUCUCUUUUUCACUAUUUUUCAAGUUGUGAAAUUAGAUUUCAUUUUCAGAUUGUGAGUACAUGUUGCUUUCAAUGGGCUUUUUACUGUUGGUUGUGAAGACAAAUUUAAGAAUCUCCACAGAAUGGUAUAGAAAGCAAAUCAAUCUUACUGGUUUUUAAUGUUGUGGUGCAAUUGGCACAACAUGAUACUUGGCAUUUGGCAUGUGGACUUCAAAUAAA